AUGGUAUCGAAGCCUAAGAAUGCAGCCUCUUCCAAACGAUCUGGAGGAAGUAACUCACAUGGUGGGAUUCAUGGCCAUUCAUCAGGAUCUUCAGCUAGGGAUAGAAACAAGAGCAGGUACAGGACCGAGAUUCAGCAGAUGAUGUUUGUGAGUGGGGAGACCAACGAUCCUCCAGAGACUACUACAGAAUUGAUUGAGGAUAUCGUGAAGGAUCAAGUUGUGGAGCUUAUAUUAGAGUCACAGAGGACAGCGAAUGCACGAGGGCAAAGAGCCAUUUCACCUGAGGACGUGAUCUUUAUGAUUAGACACGAUAAGGCUAAAGUGAAUAGACUACGAACUUACUUAUCAUGGAAAGAUGUGCGAAAAAAUGCCAAGGACCAGGAAAGUGGGGAGAUUGGAUCGGCCGGUAAUGACUUGAUAGACGAUAAUGCAGGCAAUGCAAAUGGAGAAGGACCACCGGGACACCCAGGAGACACAUCUGGAAACGUGGCAGGGGGAGGUGGUGCAAUAGUAGAGACCAAAUCUAUGGCAGUUAAACAGAAGAAGUCUCUGAGACUACCUUGGGAGUUGGAAUUCAUGUUCAAUGAGCAACCUUUAAUCAUGGGAGAAGACACACAAGAGGACGUGGAUGAAGAUGAAAGAGAAGCAUUGUUAGCACAGAUGAAGAGAUUGAAGCAAAAUGACGAGAGAACGAAGCAUAUGACUCAGAAGGAGUAUGCUCAUUGGUCAGAAUGUAGACAGGCCAGUUUUACGUUUAGAAAGUCGAAACGGUUUAGAGAAUGGUGUGGGAUCUCCCAGAUAGCUGAAAGUAGACCCAACGAUGACGUUAUAGAUAUAUUGGGAUUCCUUACAUUUGAGCUGGUGUGCUCAAUUACAGAGGAGGCCUUGAAAAUCAAGAAGUCAGGAAAUGAGAAUGGGAGUAGCGUAUCGCAUGUUCAAAAGUCCAAGAAGAAAAAGUACCUAUUUGAUGAACCAGACGAUGAUUCCAUGUCGAUAGAAGCAAUUCAUAUUCAAGAGGCUUGGAGGCAUCUUCAGAAGAUAUCCCCCGGUAAGAAGACGUUGCACAAUUUUCGAGGCGGAAGACUGAAAUGUAAGGCUAAUAUGAUAUGA